AUGAGAGCGACGCUCGUGGUCCCUCGGGGCUUCUCCACUCCCCGCAUGCUCCGCUGUCCCCGGAUCUCCCCACCAAAACUUCUGACUAGAAGAGAGAUUCGAGCAAAUAGUUCAAUUUCCCAGAAGAGUACCAACCAAGAAAGCUCAUCAAGUUCUGGAUCAUCGCCGAGGCCUUCUUUUUGGACUCCGACGCGGACACUUCUUGUCUCCGCAUUUGCUGCGGGGUUGGGUUAUGGCUUCGCCUCGUACAACCAGACACAACCGGCGACAAAAGCGCAAUACGGAUCAUUGAAGGAUUUUGAAAAAGCGAUCGCCGAGCUAAGAGCUAAGUUCGGUGAAGAUGCCGUCAGCACCGAGGAAGGGGACCUUGAAUCCCACGGAUACUCGGAGUGGUCAACUCUCAAUGCUGACCGUCUUCCGGUCGCAAUUGCAUACCCGACUUCCACCGAACAGGUCUCGGAGAUUGCCAAGGUCUGCAAUAAGUACCGAAUGCCCAUGGUCCCUUACUCCGGCGGAUCCAGUUUGGAGGCCAAUUUCUCCGCUCCGUACGGCGGCAUGACGAUCGACUUUGCGAUGAUGAAUAAGAUCCUGGCUAUCCACGAGGAUGAUCUGGAUAUCGUGGUGCAACCAUCUAUCCAAUGGAUGGAUCUGAAUGAGCAGAUUAAGGAUACGGGUCUUUUCUUCCCCGUGGACCCUGGCCCAUCCGCUAUGAUUGGCGGUAUGGUCGGUACAAAUUGCAGUGGAACAAAUGCGGUGCGAUACGGGACCAUGAAGGACUGGGUGAUUAAUCUCACUGUUGUCUUGGCUGAUGGCCGGGUUAUCAAGACUCGCAAACGACCUCGCAAGACGUCUGCCGGGUAUAAUCUUACGGGUAUGUUUGUGGGCUCGGAGGGGACUUUGGGAAUUGUGACAGAGGCUACUUUGAAGCUGGCUCCUAUCCCUGAACAGACCCGAGUUGGUGUGAUGGCUUUCCCAACUAUCCGGGACUGUGCAGCUACUGCGAUGCAGUUGAUCAAAAAGGGUAUCCCGGUACAAUGUAUGGAGAUCUUGGAUGAUGUGCAGAUGGAUGUGAUCAAUCGAGCGGGUGGGACUGGACGAUCGUGGAAUGUCGCUCCUACGCUCUUCUUCAAGUUCUCUGGGACCAAGGCUGGUGUCGCCGAUAGUGUCAAUCUAACUACGCUGCUCGCCAAGAGUAACCACGCCUCAUCUGUUGAGUUUGCCAAAGACGAAAAAGAAGCCCAUGAUCUUUGGUCAGCGCGUAAGCAAUCGCUGUGGAGUAUGUUGUCGCUUCGCAAGGAAGGCUCUGAAGUCUGGUCGACCGAUGUGGCUGUGCCGCUAUCCAGAUUACCCGAAAUUAUUGAAAUCUCUAAAAAGGAACUGGUUGAUCUCGGACUUUUCGCUAGUAUCCUCGGACACAUUGGCGAUGGAAAUUUCCACGCCAGUAUCAUGUUUAAUCGAAAAGACCCAGAAGAAAAAGCACGAGUAGAGAAGGUUGUAUAUGAUAUGGUGAAUCGCGCUCUCGAAAUGGACGGCUCAUGCACGGGCGAACAUGGUGUUGGUCUAGGCAAGAAGGGAUCACUGAAGAAGGAACUGGGAGAGGACACAAUUGAUAUAAUGCGAGGUAUCAAACGUUCCCUUGAUCCACACUGGCUUCUGAAUCCUGGGAAAAUCUUUGAAAUUGAGAGAGAUUCUUGA